AGAGCUGAGUGGCCCAAAGAGCACUUCAUCCCACCCUAUGUGCCCCGAUUCAGGAACGGCUGGGAGCCUCCUUUGCUGAGCUUCAUGGGGGCCCCAAAUGAGCAAGAACUCAACCAGUUGGCUGAGUCGGUGGCCAAUGUAGCCGAACAACAGAGGAAGCAAGAGAUGAAAAGAUUGUCAAUCGAGCAUCCCAGCAUCUCUGAUUAUCCUCCAUCUGAAGGAAAUUAUGAAGCGCAUAAAGCCCCAACCAAGAAAUACGCCAAAACCAAGUAUGACUUUGUGGGAAGAAACCAGAGCGAACUUUCUGUUCUGAAGGAUGACAUUUUAGAGAUUCUUGAUGACAGAAAACAAUGGUGGAAAGUCCAGAAUGCAAAUGGAUUGACUGGAUUUGUGCCAAAUAACAUCUUGGAACCUCUCAGAACUCCUGAAGGUGUCUGUACAGAGCCAGCAUAUAUGCACACCAUACAGAAACAAAGGACGGAGUUUCCUCCAAAGCAACCAGACCCCACGCCUGCUGCUCCUUCCCCACCACAGAUGCCGCUUCCGGUCCCUCUCCCUCCCUGUGUCCCUGCUCCUGUCCCCGUUCCGUUGCCAAAGGUCCCCGGGGCCAUCAGCCGCCAGAGCAGCACAUCAAGCGAUGGUGGCCGGGAUGGCCAGAGGCAGAAGCUUCCACCUGUUGACCGAAGGAAAUCUCAGAUGGAGGAAGUUCAAGAUGAACUCAUUCACCGUCUCACCAUUGGUCGGAAUACUGCCCAAAAGAAGUUCCAAGUGCCACGCUCCAGUGCCCCCGUAGUCAAUAUCAACUACGAAUCCUCUCCGGAAGACAUUAAGGUUUGGCUAGAGGCCAAAGGAUUCAACUCAGUGACCGUGAACAGCCUUGGAGUUUUGACUGGUGCACAACUCUUUUCCCUCAACAAAGAUGAACUUAAAUCUGUGUGCCCAGAAGGAGCGCGAGUCUACAGCCAAAUUACUGUUCAGAAGGCGGCACUAGAUAAUUCCAGUGAAAGGUCCGAACUUCAAGAGAUCAUGAAAAGGCGGAAGGAGAAACUCAACGCAGCUGCCACUGAUUCAGGGGUCGAAUCUUUCGAUGAGAGUAGCAGUCACUAAUAAGACUCGUCUACAAAUGUUUUGUGGUUAUUGUCAAGGGGGGGAAACCAGUUUUUUCUUGGCAUUGUUCCAUCAUGCUUUGUUUUAGGAAGCCAUGAGGGGGAAAUGUCGGGGGAUUGUCUCUAUUUAUGUAACUAGGGUAUCAUGCCAUUAAGGGAGCAUGCAGUUGGGAGCCAAGAGGGAGGAUACAAUUGCUGUUUUGCCUCUCCCUUGACGGAAAAAAAUAUAUAUAGAGAGAGAAUAAUAUUCCCUGGAGGGGUUCCUUAAACCAGGCCCCCUGGGAGAAAUUCAUGCUUUGCUCAUCUUUUUUCCACAGCCUAGCAAAGUCACAUUGCAAUUUUUUUGAGUUGCCCUCAGACUGAGCCAUCUGACGAAAUGUGUUGAAAUCAAGCAGCCAAGCAGAAAGUCCAAAAGGCGCGAUCCGGCCAGCGUUGAUUCUCUUGUCUAGGCCCCAUUGAUUUCAACAACGAAAAGUGAAACCGAUAUUUAAACGUUCUGCCACUGAAAUCAACAGGACCUCAAAGGGUUUUAUGAUGGCACAACAUUCCUUUUAAUUCACGCCAUCCAUAUGGUUUGCCAUAAUUACGGACUGCGGCUUUUCUUAUCCUCCAGCACUUAAGAUUUCCACAUUUAUGUAGCAAUUCCCAGAUGUAUUUUUAAUUAUAUGAUCAAUGACCACGCUAAUCUUAUAAGCACAGAUUAAAUUCUUCUAACGGCAUCAUGUCAUGAUUUCUUAAUGGAAGUGUACAUAGCAAUGUAAUUUAUUCUGCAUUUCAAUUAUCUGUCUGUUUUUGGGGAGGAGGGAUAAGUACGAAUCAAGGAAAACACUAAUAUGAUAAACAAUAGCACAAAUUUUAAAAAGUAGGGGCAUUUAGAUCUUAUUUUGAUAUCCAUGUGGUAGUUCACAGUAUUAUUUCUUAAUAGCAUUGCAUUUUUUUUAAUUUAAAAAAAUAUAUUUCACUUCACCUGAUGGAAAGGAAAGGGAAAAAAGGGGGAAGGU